ACCACCACUACAACUACCAGCAGCACCACCACAACUACCAGCAGCAGCACAACUACCAGCACCACCACUACAACUACCAGCAGCACCACCACUACAACUACCAGCAGCGGCAGGACGUCUCCAAUGCCACGCUGCACGCGCCAUGAGCGGCCCCGGCGCAGCCUCUGAGCUCUCUGCGCUCUCUGCGCUGGGUGUCGCUGCGAACGGAACGCGGCCCCCGGCGCCAUGGAACCCCUCGGCCUCUGGCGCCAUGGCGGCGGGGUCGUGGCCGGGGGCCGGGUUCGGGCCCGAACUGGGGUCGGGGCUGGGGUCGGGGCUGGCCUCGGCCGAGGAGGAGGAGGGGGACGCGGGUCCUGCGGCGGUCCCCCUGGAGCACAACUACGCGGCGCUGACGCUGGGGGUGGCGCUCAUCGCGGUCAUCAUCCUGGGCAACGUCCUCGUGUGCCUGAGCGUGUUCACCGAGAAGGCCCUCAAGACGGCCACCAACUACUUCAUCGUGAGCCUCGCCGUGGCCGACCUCCUGCUCGCCGUGCUCGUGCUGCCGCUCUACGUUUACGCAGAGUUUCUGGGGGGCACGUGGACCCUGAGCACGGCUCUGUGCGACGCGCUCAUGACGAUGGACGUGAUGCUGUGCACUGCCUCCAUCUUCAACUUGUGCGCUAUAAGUGUGGACAGGUAUAUCGCCGUGGUGGUGCCCUUCCAGUACAACCGCAGCCGCUUCGGCUGCCGCCAGCUGGUGCUCAUCGGCGCCACGUGGGUGCUGUCGCUCGGCGUCGCCAGCCCGGUCAUCUUCGGCCUCAACGACGUGGAGCGCCGCGACCCGGCCGUGUGCCGCCUGGAGAGCAGCAGCUUCGUGCUCUACUCGUCCGUGUGCUCCUUCUUCGUGCCCUGCCCCAUCAUGCUGGCGCUCUACUACUGGAUCCUGCGCGGACUCCGGCGGUGGCGCCGCUCCCGAAGGAGCCGGAGCCGGGCCGACGGUUCGGGCCGCGGCCCCCGCGAAGCGCACAAGGCCGGGGUCGACGCUGCGGCGGCGGCGACGAGGGAGGCGCUGGGGAAUAGUCGAGGGAGGGCGCCCCUGCAAGGGGACGCUGGGGACAGAUUCGAGGAGCAGCAGCAGCUGAAGGCGGGGUACCUUCCCGGCCCUGCAGCUGUCGCCUUCCUCCCUCGGGGGCCCCCGACGCAGAGCCCCCCGGGAGGAGGAGAUGGGGUCUCGUGCGCGGCGGCGGGGCCCCCGAAUGUCGACAUCCCCCGGGCGGACGAUGAAGAGGAGGAGGAGGAGCACCCGGAGGAACAUAGCGGGGGUCCCUGCGUGGGGGGUCUGCCCCCCGCGCAGGGACCCCGGCCGAGAAGGGGUCGGGGCGGGGAGCGGCCGUGCAGAGGCGGGCGGAGAAUGAGCGGCAGGGAGCAGAAGGCGAUGCGAGUGCUACCCAUUGUAGUAGGAGUGUUCCUCGCCUGCUGGACCCCCUUCUUCGUGGUGCACGUGACGCACGCGCUCUGCGCCGAGUGCGGCGUCAGUGCGGCGCUCGUGAGCGUCGUCACGUGGCUCGGCUACGUGAACAGCGCCGUGAACCCCAUCAUCUACACGGCCUUCAACGCCGAGUUCCGCGGCGUGUUCCGCAAGGUGCUGUGCUGCCGCUCCGCCUCGUAGGGAGCCACCCAAGGGCUCGGGGACCCGCGGAAGAAUGGCACGUGGGGACCCCCCUCGGCGUCACCAUCCGCCAGCCCCUUGAGGGUUUUUGUCUCGUGCGAGGCCCAGUGGCUCCCCCACUGGGCGGCUCUGGGUGUGUGCACAAACAACCACCCCACAAAGACAAAGAUCCCCCGUAUAGCCUUAACAGACUGGAGGGGCAAGUGCUGUUAGCGGGCACCCUUGAAGGCUGGAACGGCACACGAGGGGGUAAGUGGCCAG